GCGGCUAUGGGCAAGAAAGUUUCCGCGGCGGCAGCGGCGGCAAAGGAGGAGGCUGAGCGGAGAGAUGAGGGAGGCCAGCGACUCUCGCCCUCUUCCUCUUCUUCUUCUUCCUCCAGCUCCGGCUCGUCCCCCUCGUCGUCUGACUCCCAAACUCUUUCCGAAGAAGGCGAAGCCGGCUCGGCCACCCCUCCAGCCAGCCGGGGUGCUUUCCAGCGGGCGGAUCCCCACCGACGCGACGGUACCUCCGAGCCGCAGCGACCAGGAGGGGAAGCGCCGGGCGGCCCCGCGACGUUGCCCUCCGUGGCCCCUCGCGCCGGGAAGGAAGGGGGCGAGGUGGAAAAGGAAGGGUGCGUGGACGGCCGGCAGGAGAGCGAGGAAGAGGAGGACGACUCGGGUAGUCCGGGAGGUCUAGAUGGCUGCGGGGGCGCCCGCCCGCGUCCCGAGACGGAUGCCUCGCUGGAGGAGCAGGACGAGGAGCUUGAUAGUAUAUUGUCUCCCCCACCUAUGCCAUUUCGAAAAUCCAGUAAUCCUGAAGUUUCUUCUGGGCCUGGAAAAUCACUGAAAUUUAAAAGGCAACUUAGUGAAGAUGGACGACCUUUUAGAAGAGGAAGUCUUGGAGGAGCGCUAACUGGCAGGUACUUGUUGCCAAAUGCUGUUACUCAACAUUCAUGGCAAACUGGCGAAACUUCCAAUCUUGUCCGAAUGCGCACUCAAGCUCUUGGACAAUCUGCUCCUUCUCUGACAGCUAGCUUGGAAGGGAUACCCCCGAAGAGCCAUUUCAGCUCAAUCCGGCAUCGCCAGCAGCUAGUGGAACCAGCAGCUACAAAAAAUAGCAAUGGAAAUCUUCUUAAAUAA